AUGAUUCCCAACAAACGCGGAACAAAAGUGGAAACAGCAGAACAAACAGGGAACAACAAACAACAAUAUACGCGCACGAACUCUUCAAGUGCUCCAAACUAUUCGUUCUUUGAUCAAGAAGGAAAGUACAAAGGGUGCAAACCAGACUUCGCAUUACAAAGCUGUGACUUGAGGGAGGCACAAGUACUAGAGCAGUUUCAAAUGAUUCCAAUGAAUAACAUUGAUUGGCCUCUUCGUGCCUACGGCUACGAGCAGUACUUCCCCAUGAACAAGACUACUUGCCAAAACUUAUGCCUGACGGAUUGCUUCUGUGCUGCCGCCAUGUUUGAUCAGGAUGGACAUUGCUGGAAGAAGAAACUACCUCUGUCUAAUGGAAACCAAGGAAGCCAAGUUCAAAGGACGGUUUUUCUCAAGGUACCAAAGAAUAAUUAUUCACACCCUCUAAUUAAUACUGAGGCUACAAGUAAAUGGAAAGCCAAUAGGAAGGAUUGGAUACUUGGAGGAUCCAUCAUUAUAGGUAUCUCUGUCUUUUUGAACUUUCUCUUCAUAUCAGCACAUCUUCUCGGGUCAAGCUUUAAGACCCCCACGAAAAAGAACCAAACACAACCAUGGACCAGGGUAAUGACAAGAGAUUUUACGUACAGAGAGCUUGAGGAGGCAACCAAUGGGUUCAGUGAGGAGGUGGGCAGGGGGGCUUCUGGUAUAGUCUAUAAGGGACACCUGCAUGAUGAGUUUGGCACCGGCAUCGCAGUUAAGAAGAUUGAUAGGAUCCCCAGAGAGACGGAAAAGGAGUUCACAAUGGAAGUUGAAACAAUUGGGCAUACACUUCACAAGAAUUUAGUCCAGCUGCUGGGAUUUUGCUAUGGAAGAACUGAAAGGCUCCUGGUGUAUCCAUUCAUGCCCAAUGGCUCUCUUACUAAGUUCCUUUUCAGUGGCAUGAGGCCAUCAUGGGACCUCCGAGUUGAUAUUGCCCAUGGGAUUGCAAGAGGACUGCUCUACUUGCAUGAGGAGUGUGGCAAGCAGAUCAUACACUGUGAUAUAAAGCCCGAGAACAUCCUUCUUGAUGAGCACUUUAUAGCCAAGAUAUCAGACUUUGGCCUUGCGAAGCUCCUGAAAGCUGAGCAGACACAAACAAGCACUGGAAUCCGAGGUACCCGAGGAUACUUUGCUCCAGAGUGGUUCAAGAAUGUGGGUAUCUCUAGUAAAGUAGAUGUAUAUAGCUUUGGGAUAGUCCUUCUAGAGAUUGUAUGCUGCAGGCGGAACAUAGACCUGAAGGUUGCUGAUGAGGAGCAAGUUAUAUUGGCAUUCUGGGCAUAUGAUUGCUAUCGCUGUGCCCGCAUUGACUUGUUAGUUGAAGGUGAUGAGGAAGCAAUUAUUAAUAUGAAAAUGGUGGAAAGACUCACAAGAGUCGCUCUUUGGUGCAUACAGGAUGAACCAACGAUGCGCCCAACUAUGCUUAAGGUGACCAAGAUGCUUGAUGGAUCAACAGAAGCUCCCCAGCCUCCUAUUGGCAUUCCAGCCUUCAUAAGUUCACUUAUGUAAAAUGGCAUUUCUAAGAGCAAGUCAUAAAUGCUUUAUUUUCUGUUUCGGAGUCAUCUUUUAAUUUUCUUGUGCUAUAGAAGGCUGAUGAUAUUGGCUGCAUCAUCACAUAGUAAUUGUAC